GGGCUCUGCUAAAACCCUGAAUCAUUAAUUAAAAAGAAAGAAACGCUGCUGUAAACCUUCAACUCUCAAAGCUUGAAACUUCAGUGUAGGCAAGAUUUCCCCUCCUAUAGCUACAAAUGUCGCUUCAUUUGCUACGUCCAAAGAUCCUAUAUUUCUUUACAGCAAUUGGGUCUAGUCGUCUCUUAUCAUCAAAAUCCUGUAAUUUCACCAACAAAUUGAUCUUUUCAAAGCAGCCAUUUUCUUCAUUUUUCUUCUCCACAACAUCGACUCCUUACCCUCUUCAAUAUGACAUGAUCAUCAACACCCCGACUCAGUCCCAACCUACCCCAACUCGCCGCCGACUCAGUAAACCAGACUCGCCCAACUCACCUGAGGAAGAGGACCCAGAAAAAGAAUUGGGUUUUGAUUCAUGGGUACAAAAGAAACUGACUUCAGAAGAAGAAAUGGAUAAGUCUAAGAGGAAAUAUUAUAAAAAGAGAAGGAAAAGAAUGUAUGGUUCAGAUUCUGAAGAUGAUGAUAAGGGGAAAAAUGAAGAUGGGUUUGUUGAAUUGAAGCCUAAAGUUGUGGAAUUUGAUAGGCUACAUGAGAGGGAAGAAGAGCUCUACUUUUAUGAUACAUUUGCCUAUCCUUGGGAAAAUGAUAAACAUUAUAAAAUGGUUUAUCAAUUGGAAAAGAAGUAUUUUCCUGACCAGUGUUUUGAUAAAGCUUUUCUUGAGCCUGGAGAAUCAAAUGAGAAAAUCAAAAUUAAGGGAAAAAGUAAAAAGACUGAUGAUAAUAAUAAGAAGAAUAAUAAGGUGGAGGAUAAAGGGUUGGUGUUUUUUGAGGAAGAAGAAAAUUCAGGUGAGGAUGUGAAGGAGAAGGUUACUGAGAAGAAGGUGGAGGAGUUUUUCAAGUGUUUGAAGAAAGUUCCCAAUAAAGAAACCGACGAUGGGGAGCCUUACCUUGUUAGUAGGAGUACUGGGCUCCCCACGAGAUGGGAUGGUCCAUAUGGGACGGUAGUUUUGGUGAAUAAGCCCAAAGGAUGGACCUCAUUUACCGUUUGUGGCAAGCUGCGCCGCUUAGUCAAAGUGAAAAAGGUAGGGCACGCUGGAACACUUGAUCCUAUGGCAACUGGUCUAUUGAUUGUAUGUGUUGGUAAAGCCACUAAGUUGGUAGAGAGAUAUCAAGGAAUGGUAAAGGGAUACAGCGGAGUUUUCCGAUUAGGGGAGGCUACUUCAACUUGGGAUGCUGAUUCACCGGUUAUUCAACGUGAGCCUUGGGAGCAGAUCAAAGACGAGGACAUAAAAAAAGCUGCUGCAUCCUUCUGCGGAGAGAUAUGGCAAGUUCCUCCAAUGUUCUCUGCCAUCAAGGUUGGGGGUGAAAGGAUGUAUGAAAAAGCAAGAAAAGGGGAGACCGUUGAACUUUCACCCAGACGAAUUUCAAUUUUCCACUUUGACAUUGAGCGUAGCUUAGAAGACAGACAGAACUUGAUUUUCCGAGUCACAUGUUCAAAAGGAACAUAUAUCCGAUCAUUAUGUGCAGAUUUUGGGAAGGCUUUGGGCAGUUGUGCUCAUUUGACGGCUCUGCGAAGAGAUUCAAUUGGUGCCCUGGCACAUUUCUUUUACAACAAUCCUGCAAUUGUGUGCAAUCACCACAAAGACUGUGUAUGGUUCCAUACCAGAUCCUACACAAUUUUGAACCCGGAGUUGAUUUUAUCGUUGUUGUAGUUGAAAUGCUCCUAGUCUAAAGACGGUCUUUAUCUCAAAGUUAGGGGAAUAUUCAGCGGAGGAUGCAUGGGAGUUCAAGGAACUAGAAGAAGCAAUCACUAAAGGUUAUUUCUAGCUGCAUCUCCGUUGUUUCAAGAGUCCUAACAUUGAUGAUCAAUCAGCUCCAAUCUUCAAAUCUUUCUCCCCCAUCUUUGUUUGUAACGAUUAAAACUGCAAUAAUAGUUAACAUUAAUUUCUUUUUGGCUACUAGUUUUAUUCUUUUGAAGGCAAAUUUUCCAAGUUGUACAGGGCAGAGAUGACUGUCUCACAUGAAUGCUUAACGAUCUAAAGCAUUUACAAGUUUAUAUAGUUUUUAAUCGUUUACUUA